UUCAGUUUGAUAUGAGUGAGGAAAGUUGUGCGAUCGCGAUCAGACGAGGUUGCGCGGCGCUUUUGCGCUGUCGACGCCGCACAGUUUCUCUUCCUUUGUCGUUUGCGUUUUCAAGAGUUCGCAUAUCUGGGUGUUGCUGACUAAAGAAACAGAGUGAAGUGAAGGUGCUGUCACACUUGGAGAACAGAGAGACAUCUCCACACACUCCGCUAGGAUAACGAAGAUCAACGCGGAAAAACGUGUUUGAGGAUGGAGGAGGAUGCCCCAGUCAAGCCGUCAGUGGCUCAGCUGGCUGGGAGACUCAAAGGUCACGCGCUGCCGAUGCCAGGAAACAUGGAGGUGAAUUCUAUGAGGAGACCCACAUGUUCCCUGGUGAUAAACAACCAAAAAGAUGAAGAACAUGAACAAGAAAAGAAGUCGUCUAACUCUCCUCAUCCUCCCAAGAUGAAGUUAAAGAGUUCUCCCCUCAUAGAAAAACUCCAGGCCAAUCUUGCUCUCUCUCCAACUGUCCUGCUCUCCCCACCCAAAAGUCCAGAGUCUAAAGAGCCAGCCAGCGCGUCCUGUCCCAUCAGUCCCUGCCGCCCCGCGAGCUCCACCCUGCAGCCCGUUCACCUGUCCUGUGAAGAUGAGGCGCCGGUUAGCUUCGAGCAGCCGGUCGAGGGCACUCCACUGCCCAACAUCAACAAGAGUCGAGCUAGGCUGUCUUUCAAGCGCCGGCUGCCCACAAGGCUACACAGAAAGUCAGCAUGUGAAGAGGCAAAAGUGAAUGAAGGAUGUGACUCUCCGUUUCAACCAGAUACUGAACUCCAGAAUGGGGAUGAAGGGGAAUGGCCUUUGCAGGAGAAUACAGCAGAUUCAACAGACUCUGCUCAACCCACCGAAGACCCACAGCAGGAAAAAGACAGGACAGAGCACAAAGAUGCACCCCAAGAAAACCAGUGGACUGAAGUAACCCAUACAGGAGAAGGGGGAGAAGUAACUGAGGGAGGAUUUGAACCUUCUGACUGUAAAUGGGCCCAAGAGGAAGAGAAGGAAGAGGACAGGGCAGAAGUCAAAGAGGAAGUGCUGGAUGCAGUGAACAACUCAGAAUAGACGUAAUAGGCCAAAGCUCAUCAAAAUGGAUUAUUGCAUUGCUUUAGCAAACUAGAAUUGUGGGAAGAUUAUUCUGGACGACGUAUGAACGAGUUUCUAAAAAAUAGACUCCAUGAUGGAUGAAGAUGGACUGAAUUCCUCUCUUUUAGGGUUGUGGAUUUGGGGAUUAAUAUUGCUGAAGCAAAUAUCCCACAAAAGGAUAGAUGUUAUCAAUUCAUCCUCAUGGCUUUUUAUGUUUACGAUCUCAUUUGCAUGUUUUUGUAUGAUCUGUUUACGCCUCACUGCGGGUUAUAGGUUAAAGGAUGGACCUUCAUGCUUACUUUUUUCCUAAAACGUGUUUUCGUACAAAUCACGUUGUAUUACGCAUACGAAUUUGCCACCAAUCUGGCAAAAUGGAAAAUAAUUGUUUUCCCAAGAGGUCGGAAUGGAUUUUAGUUUUAAUUUAUACUCUAGGGUUAUUCAUAUGCCUCGAUGUUAUUGCUUUCGUAUUGUAAACUUAUGUUGCUGUUCAGAAAAUGAGAACAAUUUCAGCUUUGGAGAGCAUUUUGAAAGCACUUUUCGAGCCUUUGACUGAAAUAAGUGUUUUAAAAUAUCUCACAUGCCUCUGUGACGGGCCUAGACUCUGUAAAUAGCAAAAAAUAGGGCCGGCAUGCACUUUUUUUGGACAGUAAGAAAACGAACCAAUCAGAAACGUACUGUACCUGUCAAUCAUUUUGAGUGUUUGGGUUCGCCGACAUUGGCUCGGCUGGAGGUUUACGUGUAGUUGAAGUUGUUAAAUCUUGCGAGCAUAUAGUAAACGAGCUAAAUACGAACAAAAUAGUGGCAGAGAUAUUGCAAAAGCCAAAUUUACCUGCAGUCUCCAUUGCUAUGCAAAAAUAUUGUAUUUUUAAAUGAAAAAGCCUGAGAUGUAUCACUGUGACUGCAACGCUACUGUACUGCAAUGACCUUUUAUUACCAUAUAAGACUGAAUAAAGAGCUUUAUUUACACUUA